AUGGCCGAGGAGAUUAAUCAGUUGCAUGCAAAAAAUGGUGAGAAAAUCCCUUCUCGAGAUCUUAACCCAAGAGAGGGUGUCAAUGCUAUUACGUUGGCAAGUGGUAUACAACUUGUGCAACCCAAAGUUACUGAUUCGAGUAGAGAAGAAGCCCCAAAGAAACCGGUUUUUGAGGAGAAGAACGCUGACUUCCCCCAAACUCCCGAGGUAACUAAAUCUAAGUCUAAACAUAUUGUUUCUACUUAUGUUCCUCCUCUACCUUUUCCUGGAAGGUUCUCCAAAGAUAAUAGGAAGGUGGAACAAGAUAGGGAUAUUUGGGAUGUUUUUAAGAAGGUCCAAGUGAAUAUUCCACUCGUUGAAGUAAUUAGGCAAACUCCUCGCUAUGUAAAGUGUGUAAAGGAAUUGUGCACUAAAAAAGUCAAUCUAACUGGUAAUGAGGUAACGAGUGUGGGGGAGAAUGCUUCGGAAUAUCUUCGAAAGAAACUCCCACCAAAAUUGAAGGAUCCUGGUAGUUUCAUUAUUCCAUGCACUACUGGUAAAAGGAGGUUUACAAAAGCUAUGCUAGAUUUAGCAGCUUUCAUUAAUGUUAUGCCUACUUCGAUUUAUGAUGCUUUAAAUCUUGGUCCUCUUAAGGAAACUGGCAUAGUUAUUCAACUUGCCGAUAGAUCUGAUGUUUAUCCAAAAGACAUGAGUGAUGUGAAUUCGUCCUCGUCUACACCUUUACUGUUGGGUAGACCAUUUAUGAGUACUGCUAGAACGAAGAUUGAUGUCCAAAAUGGCACCUUGACUAUGGAGUUCGAUGAAGAGGUGUUUUGGGGUAAAAACUGA